AUGAGUGAAGAUCCCGGCGUCCAAUUUAUGGGCGCCAGGUCUAAGACAUCACAUCGUUCUAUGUUGCAGCAACCUGGCGAAGACGACCAGUCGCCCUGGUAUCGCCACUUCCAUCCCCGGCGCCCUGAAAUGUCCUCCUCACGUUCGUCUCAACUGCCAUCGCUUUUCACCUUCCGAGAGCAUUCUGAGAUUCGCCAGUCAGCUGAUUCCGGGCGCGGUGGUGGGACGGUGAUUGACCUGACGAAUGAACCAGAGUCGUUUCCACAGCGGCGAUAUUCCGUCUUAGACGGACCGGCUGCUUCUAACACCCCACGACCUCCCCGAUUUGGACGAAACAUCCUGGCUGAUGUGGACGUCGUUGAUCUCGAGGAUGAAUCAGAGUAUGCAGUGGAUGGUCGCGCUGGGGAGGAUGCUGAUGAGGAGGAUCGUGCUGCUGAGAUCCCGUCCAGUAGUCCAGAAGUUCAAUUUGUCAGGACUCAGCCUCGUGCAGAUGCUAGGCCACAGAGAUACAACCCGUAUCGUCUAUUGGGAAUGAACCGCGGAGGUGGUUAUCGUCCACCACCACGCUUGGGUAGCAGUCAACGUGAACUCAGACCUGCGCCCCCGCGCAUUAUUCCUUAUCAUCGCUUCGCGUUUGAACCCCCAUCGAUCUUGAACUCAAGCAUCUCACUCGAUUACGAGCUCCCGUCUUUUACCAUUGGCCAAAACAUGACACGUCCGGCACCAAGCGGCCACCAAGCGCUGAACACUGUUGCGUACAAACAACCCAGUCCCCUUCCUGAGGGCUUUGCCAGAACCAUAGACGAGGACCAGGUCGCGGUCUGCCCAAACUGCGAAUGGGAACUAGGGACUGGUGAGGGCAAGAAGCAGAAUAUCUUGGUCGCCAAAGCAUGUGGCCAUGUCUACUGCGGCGAAUGCGUGGAGCAUCGGUCUAAGUCCAAAGCAAAGAAAGCUCAAGGUGAUCGCCGGACUAAGCCUUUUUCGAAGUGCGUUGUGGAAGACUGUGACAAGCAACUAAGUGCUCCUUCGGCCUUCCUCCGCAUGUAUCUUUGA